AAAUAGAACUAAUGGUGUUUAUUCAGAUUCUCUUCGAUAAAAAGAAAUUAAAUAAAAUACAUAUGAUUAAAAUUAUUUUCUUCAAGUACGUAUGAUCUGAUAUACGUUGAAUCCUCUUCGACUACUUCACGUGAAGUGUAGGGGCAAAUUUGAACAUUUUCCCCACUAUAUAAACCCUUCAUUCCGCCAUUAACGAGGAACCUCAGCUCAGUUCAAAAUCUCCAUUUCUACACACACUAAUUACUCAUAAAAACACCUUUUUAAUGGGUUUUCCAUUAGGCUAUACAGAUCUCAAUUUCCCCAAAUUACUUCUCCAUCUUCUUUCAAUUUUAUUCUUCAUCAGAAAACUCAUCUGUAAUCUCUUCACAAUUCUCGGUCUCCCCGAUUUCCUCGAACCCGAUUUUCCUUACCCGACCCGACCCGGUGAAGAGAAUACCCGAUUGUGUUCCGUGUCAGCGGCGAUAAUCCGGGAGAUAUUACCGGUAGUGAAGUUUUCCGAGAUAGUCGAACCGCCGGAGAAGUGCGUUGUUUGUCUUUACGAGUUUGAUUCCGGCGACGAGAUCAGGAUGUUGAUGAAUUGUCGACACGUGUUUCACCGGAGCUGUGUGGACCGUUGGAUGGAUCAUGACCAGAAGACGUGUCCGCUUUGUAGGAAGGAGUUUGUACCGGAGGGUAUGAUGGGGAUUUUUAACGAGAAGUUGUGGUUGGCUUUGGGGGUUAAUGAUUUUUGUGAGGAGUAAGUUUGGCGUUAUAUCCGGUCAAAUUUCUUUAUAACAAAACGUAACGAUAUUCAUAAUUUUGAUAAUUUUUUUAAAGUUAUUAUAGUGAAAUGCUAUUACAUAAGAUAUACGAAUAUUCGUUGUUUCGACACUUUUUAACUGUUAUAGUCAAAUGAUAUUUUGCUUAGAAA